CCGUCCUUUCGUUUCGCCAAACAUAAUCCCCAAUGAAGAAGGAAACAAGCGGACCUGUUCUCCGGCCACUUCCCGCCGCCGGCCGAUUCGCCGCAUCAAAGAGCUUCGGCUUCUCUUCCACAUCCUCAUCCUUUUUCCACAACCACGAGCGAAACGCUUCACCUACUCGAGUCAACAUUUCUUCCAGUCCCCUGUCUCGCUCUGUUCGAUUUUCAAUUGAUCACCGGUCCGGCUCUCCAAGUCGGUCCAUCACACUCUCCAACCGGAACUCGCCGGUUUCUCUACCGAAAAAGACGUGCACUUGUUCGCCGACGACUCACCCUGGUUCCUUCCGGUGCAGUCUGCAUAGAAAUUCAGGCAAUGGCGGACACCAUCAGACGUAUUCAUCGAGCGGGUUAAACAUGCGGAGGUCUGCGAUGAAGAACUCGCUCGUAAGAAUCGGCGGCGUUGAGGGAGACUGGGUGAAGCGAGCGUUGACUGCUCUGAUACGACCUUCUUCACACCAGCUGAGACGGCGAGCCAAUUUCCGGCCACGCCCCAGCCGGCUUUCGGUCGUGUCCAAGGCCGAUGAUCUGGAAUGUUGUUGGGACCGGAGAAGCCAUUGAAAUGGAGGAAGGCUUCUGUUGUAAAGGAGGUGGGACAGAGAGAAGGUCUGAAGAAAAUUGAUGAUUUUCUCUUUUUUUAAAAAAAAUUAAUUAGCGAAUUACUUGCUGGGAGACAAAAUAAUAAGACAAUAAUCGAAUAAUUAAAGCGAUGAAGAACUGCCACGUGUAUGCGGUGGCUGGAUCAAUAAAUUUCGGCCCAUGAAAGCCCAAACAGGUGCAAAGAGCAGAAAACUUGACGU